AUGUAUAGUGGACCAUUGGUGAAAUGGAAGUGGGAGAAGAGGCUCUCGACGGUGCGCCAGGCGCACGAGAUCGGCUUCACAUUGGACACGCCGCCGUCCGCAGCGGAAGGGUUAGACGACAUCAUGGAGGAACUACAGGGGGGCUUUGCGCCCGCACCCGCCCCGCAGACGCUGCUGGAGAACGUCACUGUCCAAGGUUUCCAGACCAAGGUGCUGGAGGCGGUAAACCAGCCGGGCCUGUCGGCCUAUGUGGCGGUGGUGUAUUUCCACCUGCCUAGCUGCGCACCCUGCCACGAGAUGCUCCCAGUGCUGCGACAAGCACGUGCCAGGGUAGAGGACAGCGCUCGAUCGCGCGAGGUGAUCUUGAUUCGGCCGAUUCGGAUCUUUGUCUUGGACUGUAGCCAGAGUGAGGCCGCAGAAGUUUGCGAACGCUUCGCGCAGAGUACUUAUCCGGCCAUCCGCGGCUUCCGGCAAGGGCGCCUUGUGGGCUUCAACAGGCCCAGGGAGCCAGACGUGAUAGCAUGGUGGAUGGCCCGGAUUGCGCGACCCUCCUUCUUCCUGCUCGACACUCCCGAGCACUGGAAGAACACGAAGCUUCAAAGGGUUCCAAGCUUCCUGCUGCUCCUCGCAGAUUCUUCAGAUCAGGAGUCGGUGACUUUGUGGGAGGAGAUCGCCAUCGAUAACCUUGAGCAGUGCAACUUCUACCUGGCCUUGCACUCACAAGGUAUCUGGAAGUUCCUUCCUGGCCGGCCACCCUCUGUGCACGUGUCUGCCCACCAGGAUAUGGGCUUGGACGCGGCACCCUUCCAGUGGGCACCCGACAAGGAAGUGAUGCAGACCUGGCUUGAGAUUAGCCUCCGGCCGCCUGUGUCAAGCCUGGGCUCGUGGAACAGCAGAGAGCUUCUCCGAUCAGGUCUGCCCGUGGUUGUACUACGGCACGGCCAGGAUGAGGCGAGUGUCACAGCAGUGGCCACGUUCCGCGAGCGCGUGAACCAGGAGCUCCGUGCUACUGGGCAGUACAUCUUCGCCACCUUGGACGUUGACACGGCAGACGCGCGUGUGCUUGCAAGGUCCUGGUUCCCGCUGGUGGGCAAGAACUUCGAGGAUUUCCUGCCCUUCCCGGUGACGCUGCCACCCGAGAUUUUCGUUUUCACGAAGUCGAGAACGACGGGCGAGGCCAUCUUCUGGUACUCACCAGAGUUUCCAGCUGCAGCGAAUUUCACGCUCAGAGAUGUGGAGGAGUUGGUCAGCCGAUCCACGUGGUUUCAUGACAACAGCGGCAUCUCCUUGGCGAUGCAAACGCUGCUGCGCUUCGACCGCUUCGGCGCCCGGUCUCCGCUCCAUCGGCUGAUAUGGCUUUGCACGCCGUUCUGUGUUGCAUGGACCGUGGGCUAUAUCUGGCGAGGCUUGUGUCACAUUCUGGGCCUUGGCGCCAAUGCCCAGAAGGCUGGCAACGGCGACGACGGAUCAGAUGCAUCGUCGAAAUCGCGCAAAGCGCGGAAAGGUAGCAAGAAGACCCGGUAA